AUGGCCGUAACACAGGGUUUAAUUUACAAUAGGCUCAAGGGACUGUCAGCUUCUUGGUCUCGUCUGAAGGACAUCGUUAGGGGCGAUGCAGGUGUUCCUAAAGGCGCUGCGAUCCGCGGUAAUGCUAGUUCGAGAGUCCUGAGGGAAUUCCCGAGAGCGUGUUUACUCUACCAGCAAGUUUUUCUCUCCGAGAGCUGUGAGGGAGAGUCACGAGAAAAAGUGUCCGAGAGUCGGUCAGAUGUCAGAUAUCUCUCAUUCCUUCCAGACAUUGCCUCCGCCAUGAGCUCCCAAGAACUCCCCAUAGAGUUUGAGGAGCUGAGCGAGGAGGAGCUCUCCAAGAUGACGAUUCGAAGGGCCAGCGGGGAGAAGCGGCUCGUCAGGUGUUCCCCAGGAGGAAUUCUGCUUCCUUUCACAUUCGUCCGACUGGCGAGGAACUUCCACGACUUCGAGUUCGGGAGCGAGGACGUGGUGGUGGCGACAUUCCCGAAGAGCGGGACGGUGUGGAUGGGUGAGAUCCUGUGGGCUAUGACCCACUUCGACAGCCUCGCCACCAUGGAGACCUCCGCCAUCAAUGCCAGGUCUUACUUCUUCGAUCUGGAUUUCUUGCACCCUCGCAGCAGCAGCGACUACUCGCCCCUAAUCGCGGCAUUCCAGGAGAAGUGCCCCGGGCUUCAGGUCGACGAGGGUAUCAUGUUGCAGUUGGCCAAGGCUGAUGAGCGUCGUAGGGUCAUUCAGACGCAUCUACAGUUCCACUUCUUCAACGAAAGUUUGCUCUCCAAGAGUAAGUUAUACGACCCUUCUUGUAUUGUCAUUUCCUCAUGUAAAGUCAGUCCAUCUGCUAACCUUCCUUCCCUGGCCCUGACGACUCGAAGUCUUCAGAUCCUGAAGCCUUCAGAUCCUGGCCCUGACGAUUCCGUCUCCGUCAAGGAGAAUGAUCCAAGACCCGAGUCAUCGCAAUUGUCAGAUUCUGAAGGCUUCCAUCGUGGAAGCGGAGGAAGCGCGAAAGGAGGAUGA